GGGAAGUGAUCAUCGCUAGACCGUACAGCCUUCGAACGUCGCAGAUACAAGCUGCGUCGUUAGGUAGUGGCCUGUAUCUUACUCUCAUCCUCCACUGUCCCUUUGUGGCCCUAGACAUGCUCUUUGCACCUUUUUCUCGAGGCUACUCAGUGGUAGUCUUCAUUUACAUCUUCAUUUACUUCAUCUCCGCCUCCAGGGCACUCACCAACGUCACUGUCGAUGAUCAGGGCGCAGACCCCACGUCAACGUAUGGCAUGUCAUACACAUUCGGCUGGAGCACUGGGCAGACGUGCUCGGGCUGUCAGGCCCAGCCAAAUCCUGCGAAAGCUCACAACGGCACCUGGCACGACACGACGUAUGAUCCAUCAAUAGAGGGUCGGAACACGCCGCAAAACGCGACGUUCGACUUCACUGGAUCCGCCAUAUAUGUCUACGGCAUUCUCUCGCACUCAAAGACGUCUCCUAUCAGCAGUGCCGACAUCUCGUUCUUCAUCGACAGAGUCAAAAAGGGAAACUUCACAUUCACACCAACCAGCUCCAAAAGCGCAUAUACAUAUAGUCAACUGCUCUUCGCUGCCGAGGGUCUCGAUGAAGCAUCACAUGCAUUUAUGCUGCAAAACGGGCGUAUAGGUGGACCAAUCAGCCUGGUAUUGCUGGAUUAUUUGGUAUAUUCCAAGUGA